GGCUAUAGGAUGAAACGUAAGGUUGUAUGUGUUGCGUGUAUUUUUUUGUUUACUGUAUUUUGGUAUUUCAGUUGCAACUGGCCUAUAUAGGAGUUAGAUUAAGGGGGAGAAUAUCGGCGUGCAAAAACAGGACUACGUGCUGCGUUGUAUUUGGGGUUUGACUCGGGCAGCGCGUCUGCAACAAAUUGAGACAAGCUGGAGGUUCAUCUGAGUUCAUGAGCGUCCGUGUUUAUUCUCUUACAACACGCAGAAAUGUCACGUCUGUAAAUGUAGAUCAUCGAAGGCGACGCUGAAUGUUGACCUCAACUCUAGUCUAGGUGACUGUUCUCCAGGAAAUGUGGAGUGUGGCUGGGCUGGCAGCACUGGCUUUCCCUAUGGGUUUGCUUCUAUCCAGGAGCAUGGCGUGGAUAUCAAGCGGCAAAACACAUCCACAGCUUAUAAGCCGUUUAAGAGAGCACGGCGUUAUCCGUAGCGAUCGCGUGUUCGAAGCCAUGCUUGCCACUGAUCGGAGCAUCUACUCCAAAGACUACCCGUUUGAGGAUUCUCCUCAGUCGAUAGGGUACAAGGCCACCAUCAGUGCCCCUCAUAUGCAUGCACAUGCUCUCGAGGUUCUCAGUGACAAGUUAACUGAAGGAGCUUCGGCCCUGGAUGUUGGCUCAGGGAGCGGUUAUCUCACUGCCUGCUUUGCAAGGAUGGUUGGUCCCACUGGAAAAGUGGUGGGGAUUGAUCACAUAGAUGAGCUAGUGAGGGCCUCAAUUAAAAAUGUCCAAGCUGAUGACCCAGAACUAUUAACCUCUGGACGGAUCAAGCUAGUGGUUGGUGAUGGACGAUUGGGUUUUCCAGAUGGAGCACCAUAUGAUGCUAUUCAUGUGGGAGCAGCAGCACCUACAAUCCCCAAAGCGCUCCUGGAGCAACUGAAACCGGGUGGAAGACUGGUGCUGCCUGUAGGUCCAGAGGGUGGGACCCAAGUUCUGGAGCAGUAUGAUCGCCAGAGUGAUGGUACCUUUGUCAGAAAGGCACUCAUGGGGGUGGUGUAUGUACCACUUACAGACAGACACCACCAGUGGCCAGGUGGUGGUGAGCUCUGAUUGAAGUGUGGUUACUCCUGCAGGACGUGGUUCUGGUGUUGCACUGCAGAGACCACGUAGGACAAAGAGCAAGGCACUCGCUCCAGCUGUGGAUUACUUUCCUGCCUUCCAGCUUGAUCCAGCUUUUUCAAUCCUUUUAUAAUACAGGGUGUCCCAAGUAAACUCCAUACAUAGGGGAAAUAAACACUUUCCGAUUCAACUAAGAGAAUGGAAUUAUUAUUCAGUAUCUAUCUAUCUAUCUAUCUAUCUAUCUAUCUAUCUAUCUAUCUAUCUAUCUAUCUAUCUAUCUAUCUAUCUAUCUAUCUAUCCAAAUAUAUUUAUGAAAACCUUUUUAUUUUAUAUAAAUGGACAUUUUGUUAAUGUAUGGAGACUUGUGUGACCACCUAUACAAUUAAUAUAUAACAUACAGGUUUCAUUCAACUUACUGGAUGCAACUAAAAUUAUUUCAUAUUUGUUUUCUCCACAUUUUUUAAAUAGGUUGUAUACCAUAGGUUUUUAUUUAAUAACACAAAAGCUCCUGUUUGAAAACGCUGUAUCUAUGUGUUUAAGCAAUGAGUUAAUUAAAGCAUUAAGUAAAUUA